UCCUUUUGUGGUUUCUGUUAUCUGUGGGUUUUGAACCAAGAAGAAUGCUUGAGAGUUAAGAGGAAGAUUUAUGAGGCAUGGAGCCUUCCACCAGGUAUGGAAGAAACUAGAGUGAACGCAGAGGUGCCAGGCUGCCACUAAGGCCAAGACAACCCAAGAUCACUCUACACGGUACAACAUUAAGAUUUACUAGUAAUAUGAUGCUUCUGCAAAAGGAAAAGAAACUAGUGCCAAGAAGGCAUAUUCUUCGAGACCUGGAGUAGACGUGCUCUCAAGACAAUGGCGUCAAAGGUCUCCUGCUUAUAUGUGUUGACGGUUGUGUGCUGGGCCAGCGCUCUCUGGUAUCUGAGUGUAACUCGGCCUACUUCUUCGUACACUGGCACCAAGCCAUUCAGCCACCUAACGGUUGCUAGGAAAAACUUCACCUUUGGCAACAUAAGAACUCGACCCAUAAACCCACAUUCUUUUGAAUUUCUUAUCAAUGAGCCCAACAAAUGUGAGAAAAACAUUCCUUUCCUUGUUAUCCUCAUCAGCACCACCCACAAGGAAUUCGAUGCCCGCCAGGCUAUCCGGGAGACGUGGGGGGAUGAGAACAACUUUAAAGGGAUCAAGAUAGCCACCCUCUUCCUCCUGGGCAAGAACGCAGAUCCCGUUCUGAACCAGAUGGUUGAGCAGGAGAGCCAGAUCUUCCAUGACAUCAUUGUAGAGGACUUCAUUGACUCCUACCACAACCUCACGCUCAAAACUUUAAUGGGGAUGAGAUGGGUGGCCACUUUUUGUUCAAAAGCCAAGUAUGUCAUGAAAACAGACAGUGACAUUUUUGUAAACAUGGACAACCUUAUUUAUAAACUCCUGAAACCCUCCACCAAGCCAAGAAGAAGGUAUUUUACUGGCUAUGUCAUUAAUGGGGGGCCAAUCCGGGAUGUUCGCAGCAAGUGGUACAUGCCCAGGGAUUUGUACCCAGACAGCAACUACCCACCCUUCUGUUCAGGGACUGGUUAUAUCUUCUCAGCCGAUGUGGCUGAGCUCAUUUAUAAGACCUCACUCCACACAAGGCUGCUUCACCUCGAAGAUGUGUACGUGGGACUGUGUCUUCGAAAACUAGGCAUACACCCUUUCCAGAACAGUGGCUUCAAUCACUGGAAAAUGGCCUACAGUUUGUGUAGAUAUCGCCGUGUCAUCACUGUACACCAGAUCUCUCCAGAAGAAAUGCACAGGAUCUGGAAUGAUAUGUCAAGUAAGAAGCAUCUCAGAUGUUAGAGUUUUUACCAAUGUAAAUAUGUUUCUUUUCUUUUUUAAGAAAUGGGGCCUAAGAUGUUGGUAUUUUACAGGUGUCACCAGGGGAAAAAGACUGAUGAAGGGGUUUUGUAAAGGUUUUGCUUUCUUCUCCUAGUUUCUUUCUUGGAUUACCAAUUUACAAAAGUCAGGCUGUGAUCAUAGAAACAACAGUGAGUUAGAAGGGCCAGAUUUCAUUCUCAGCUCCUAAGACAUUGCCAUUUAUAUCAAGAAGGGACUUCCUAACAACUCCUAGGACUCAGGCACUGUGCACCUGAGAUAAAAAUCUGGUUCUGGAAAACUGAAGCUCACAAUAAUGUCUCCAUCUCAUCUCUGCAAAAAUAAAUAAGCAAACAACUUUUUCAAAAACAAUUCAGAAAUGACGCACAGUCAAGAAGACACACUGGAUGUGAUUAUUAAUGCUGUGUGUGUUAUUGCUACACUGAAUUUUUACAUAGAUUGCCAUGUAAUGUGUACAGUCUUUAUAUUUCAAAUGAGAAUUGGAUUUAGUACUGGAAGGGAAGCUGCAGAGAAAUAGAUGGGAAUUUAAAGUUGAGAGUCAAAUGUUCUGUAUGUUUGAAAGACAACUCUGCUUGCUCAUCCGAGGAUUAAGCCUGGCCAGUAGGUGGAAUGUAUAUAAAAUGCUACAUAAAGUAAACAAGGUAAAUUUUUUUGGUCUUUCAAAACAAACAUUACAUUACAUUACAUUACAUGGUGCCUCCAAGGAGAUUUUGCCAAAUGUAA